AUGGGCGAGGAAUACGGAGACGAUGGCGAACCCGAAAUAAUUGACGAGGAUGAGCUGGAGCUGGAGCGAUUAGUAUUUGGUGACAGUGCUGGGUUUCGCGAAGGUCUCAAAGGAUUCACUGGAGACAAGGCGCAGAGGGACGAGGUCGCCGUCGAUUCUCUAGAAGAUAGUGGAACUGGACUGGAGGGCUUAGACGAUGCAGAACUUUUCUUCACGGACACCGGUGCUGGCACCGGGAUACAACAGAAUGUAGACGGGGACGAUGACGACGAGACGGAUUUCGUCAAAGGAACCGCAGCAUGGGACGACAGCGAUGAUGAACGAGUACUUGUGUCGUUGGCGAACGCCCCACGGUUGCGAAAACUCCGAAGGACCGAGGCGGAAGAUGUGGUCAGUGGCGAAGAAUACACACGACGACUGAGGAAGCAAUUCCAGGUGCUCAACCCUCCUCCGGAAUGGGCUCGGUAUGCUGUUGAGCAAUCGUCGAUCAAAAAGCGUAGGCACUCUACGAAUGAUAUGAGUGAUGAGGAGGGAUCAGAGGACGAAAUUGAUGGAGAUGGCGAUAUUUCCUCCGUCGCGCCUUUGUCCGAUCUUUUGCAAGGAGCAAAUUCCCUAGUAAGGAGUUCUGAACCGAGCAAUGGCAAACGAAGAAAGCUUCGAGCCGAAGUCAUCGAUAUCCAACGACAGAGCGACCUACCGAACGUUCAGCCAAGUGCCAUCACAUCACUUUCAGUCCACCCCAACCUUCCUCUCCUCCUCUCAUCGGGACCUUCAUCAACAUUGUAUUUACAUCAUCUCACACCCUCGCCGCCUGCGCCGACUCCGAAUCCACUUUUGACCAGCAUGCACAUCCGAGGAUCUCAAUUGACGACGACCGCCUUCCACCCGACCGAUUCCAGGAUAUUUCUGUCUGCUCGAAGAAGGUACUUCCAUAUCUGGGAUCUUGCAACCGGGAAGGUGGACAAGAUAACCCGGACGUACGGACAUCAGCACGAACAACGUAGCAUGGAGAGAUUCAAGCUUUCGCCUGAUGGCAGGUUUCUUGCACUCCUCGGCUCGUCUCGCAAAGGUGGCGGUGUCAUCAAUAUUCUCGAUGCGACGACAUUACAAUGGACUUCUCAAGUCCGCAUUGAAAGUCGAGGCGGAAUCGCCGAGUUUGCUUGGUGGCGCGAUAGCACUGGCUUGUGUAUCGCAGGCAAGAACGGUGAAGUCACCGAAUGGAGCGCUACCGACCGUGAAGUCGUUGCGCGAUGGCAAGAUGAGGGGGCUGUCGGCACGACCAUCAUAGCUCUGGGCGGCCAACAUGACCUGGUAAAGAGCCGCUUCGGCACCGACCGCUGGAUUGCCAUCGGUAGCAGUUCCGGGAUCAUCAACAUCUACGACCGAAGAGUCUGGUUAUCGCCGACUCCGACCACGACGACAUCCACAUCUCACAAGCAGAAGUCCCAACAACAUCAACAUCAACAGCCGAUUCCCGAGAACCCCAAACCGACACGUACCCUCGACCACCUCACCACACCUACCUCUCACCUUGUCUUCUCUCCCGACGCGCAGAUCUUGGCGGUAGCAUCGAAAUGGAAGCGUGACGCCAUGCGGUUGGUGCAUCUGCCUAGCUGCACUGUGUUCAAGAACUGGCCAACGGGCGCGACGCCGCUGGGCCGAAUCUCUAGCGUGGCAUUUAUGAGUGGCGAAGCUCUUGACAAGAGCCACAAGGGUGGUGGCAACGGCGGUGAUGUUCACAGUGUGCUGGCUGUAGCCAAUGAGCAGGGCAAAAUCCGAUUAUGGGAGAUUCGGUGA